UGACAGCAAAAGUGGGUGAAACCUGAUGGCCAAAAAUGCAAAGACGAAUUAGUUCUUUAAAGAUGGGAUUUUACAUAAUACUGAGCAGGAUCACCAACUGCUUCAACCAAAGAGCAACUUAAACAGGAAUUUUGUCUGAAUCUGGUACUCUAAAUCUGUUUCCAGUUAAUUUCUGACUUCUAAAUAUUGUUGCGUCACAGUGCUGGAUGCCUAGAAUAGGCAAAGAGAAGAAAGACAAUGGCGAAGAUUUGUACAGAGCAGUCCUACCCAUCCCAACACAGGCUUUCGGACCGAGCCUCUGAAGAUGAACUGGAUCGGACUGAAAAUGGUGCAAGCAGGUCAGAAUAACAAGAGGAUCUUAAAGGGGUCGGUCAUAUGGGCACAUUCUCUAUGUGAGGACACUUCCUCUGACAUGCAGGGAAUCAUUUCUUCUGCAGCCAGCCAGUUUCAGGAAUCCAGGAGAAGCUCAUUCACAGGUGCUGGGGCUAUGGCAAGAAAAGCCAAUCACUGGCCUCUGGCAGCUUACAAUAUGAACAACUGCAACAACACAGAUGACAAAAAGGAGGACAAAAAGAAAUAA